AUGGUUCGUGACUCGUUCGUUGCCUACAUGGAUCACCGAACCGAGCAGAUCCGCAUGGUGCUUCUUAUGGAUCGAGACUUCAAAGUGGCCGCGGGAGGCAAGGAGACCGAAGGCAUCCCCACCGGCCUCAUAAUUACCAAUACACAACAGUAAGUUCUUUGGGAUCCAACUUUCAUGCUCUCUACAUUUUGCAGUGAGCUCCAUCUCAAGUGUCGUCGAGUGCAGGACACGGCCACGUGGAAGGCGAUCAUUGAGCAGUCGAUGUCGGGAAUCGGAAACGUGUGGCUGCAGCCGCACCGCUUCUCCUCCUCGUUCCCGGUGCGCGAGAAUUGCCACGCCAAAUGGUUCGUCGACGCGAAGCCGUACAUGGAAUACGCGGCCGACAUGAUGGAGCUGGCGCGCGAGGAGAUAUUCAUCGCCGACUGGUGGCUUAGCCCCGAGAUCUACAUGAAGCGGCCGGCGCUCGAGGGCAACUACUGGCGACUCGACGAGAUUCUGAAGCGAAAAGCCGAGCAGGGCGUCAAGGUCUUCAUCUUGCUGUACAAGGAGAUGGAGAUGGCGUUGGGACUGAACAGUAUCUACACGAAACGGACCCUGCAGAACCUGCAUCCGAACAUCAAAGUGAUGAGACAUCCGGAUCACUAUCCGUCCACCGGCACUUUCUUCUGGGCUCACCACGAGAAACUGUUGGUCAUCGAUCAACUCAUCUCGUUUGUCGGAGGCGUCGAUCUAUGCUUCGGACGAUGGGACGAUCACAGACAUCUUCUCACCGACCUCGGCUCCGUACAGUACUCGGGAGCCCAUCAGGUGAACACCAACAUGGCGAGUGGCCUGAGAAGUCUGAUGACCGCGCCGCUCACUCUCUCGCCGCUCGGACUCGAGGAGCACGAGAAGGUGACGCCGAGGAAUCAUGUGGAGGUGAAGGAGCCGAGUCCGGAGUCGGAAUACGAAGCCGCCGAAGAGAACGAGACGAGUGAGCCGGAGCCGGAGGAAAAGAGCAACGUCACCGAAGAAACAGUGUUUACGGACAAAGAGACGGGCGGUGUGGUCGUGCGGACUCUUAACCGGUUUCCGGUCGACGAGGCGGUCCGUCACUCGAGCCCCGCCGAUCCGCAAAAGAAUUGGAAAGAGACGAAGACGACGGUCGUCGAGUCGACCACCUCUUCCGGAGGCCUCGUCACCAAGACCACCACCACCACAACGACCGUGAAAGUGGUGAAGGACAAUUCGGAGAAGAGCAAGAAGGAUAUCCGACGCGUCGUGUCCAGCCUGGACCGUCAACGCAAGCACGUUCCCCGAGAAAUCCUCGACAAAGCAGGCCCCGCGCCCUCGAUGAUGGAGAAGUGUGCGAAGAGCGGAAUGGACUUUGCGCAGGCGGCCGAGAAGUACAAAGAGUACGUGGCAAGCGGGGCGGUGCAGAAGGAGAAGCACCGGGCACAGACGCCGCCGAAUCGGAGGAAAACGAAGAAGGACGGGAGGAUCUCGAGAGCCGUCGGCAACUGGAAAUCGAAUCGGGCGAAGAGAAAGUGGAAGCAGAUGUUGGAGAGUGACGAAGCGACGAUGGGCUACGAGCUGGAUUGGUUGCGGCUGAGAGAAAUGGACGAGAAGGAGGGAGAAGAUCAGAUUGACGGGGGUGUCAAGCUCUGGUACGGAAAGGAUUACGUCAACUACAUCGCCAAGGAUUUCGUGGAGGUCGACAUGCCGUUCCACGAUUUUAUCGAUCGAGGAACGACCCCCCGGAUGCCGUGGCACGAUAUCCACUCGGUGACGUUCGGAGCACCCGCCCGCGACGUCGCCCGUCACUUUAUCCAGCGGUGGAAUGCGACAAAGACCGAGAAGUUGAAGGACGACUCCAACUACCCGUGCCUCCUGCCGAAAAGCUACGAAAACGUGCGAGUGCCACGUGUCUUCAAGACUGCCAACGCCUCCGAAAUGGUCAAUGUUCAGGUUGAGCCUUUUUUCAGAAUUGAUGAGAAAAUUGCAAAAGUUUAGGUGCUCCGAUCGCUCUCCAAAUGGUCGGGAUUGCUCAAUCAGACAGAGGACUCGAUUCAAAUGGCCUAUUUGUCGCUGAUUGCCAAUUCGAAGGUAUUCUGAAUUCCGAAUGUUCUGAAUCAUCGAUAACAUCCGUGAUUCAGCACUACGUCUACAUUGAAAACCAAUUCUUCGUCUCGAUGAUCGACUCGAACGACGUGACGAACGAGAUUUGCAAGGUCAUCUACAACCGCAUCGUUCGGGCCUACAAGUAAGCCGCGGGACUGUAGCCUUUGCAGAUUUUCAAUAUUUUAGAGAAAAAGAGAACUUCCGCGUGUACAUCAUGAUUCCGCUGCUUCCGGGAUUCGAGGGCGACGUCGGCGCGCCGGGCGGAUCCUCUCUUCAGGCCGUACUUCACUGGACGUACCUCUCGUUGAGCCAGGGACCGAACUCGUUGAUUCAACGACUGAAGGCGGUGAUGCCGGAUCCCUUCAAGUACAUUCACGUCGGAUCGCUGAGGACUUAUGAUCAGUUGGGACAGAAAUUGGUAGGCUUUUCAGGGACCAGCACUUUGACUCUUCGACCUUUUCGAUCCCAACUCAUUGGGCCACUAUAUCUCUAGAUGAGAUGAACCGAUCGAACUGAAACUUUCGAGUUAGAUAGUCCAAUCCAAGUUUGAUAAUCUUUCAAAUUACGGUCCCACUGAAUGAUUGAUAAUUGAUGAGCAAGUAUGUUAAAAGUAUAGGAAGAUCAAUACUUCCUCGUUCUUUUUUUGCGAAAUUUCCAACACUUUUUUAUCACGUUGUGUUUGCAUAGCCGCUCGCAAACGCCCGCAAACAUCGUCAUAAACGCCCUUCCUCACAGUUUCUAAUACUAUAUUUUUGCAGGUAUCCGAACUGGUGUAUAUUCACUGCAAACUGCUCAUCGUGGAUGAUGAUACGGUCAUCAUCGGAUCGGCGAAUAUCAAUGAUAGAUCACAGGUAUUCAGAAUUGA